AGUUGUCAACUUCCCCUUGGAAACCAAACCAUCAACAACCCUUUAAAAAAUUAAUAAAAUACUGUCUUUAAAAUUCCUUUAAAUUAAAUUCGAUAUAAGUAUUUGAAUAUACAAUUUAUUUUAAAAAAGGAUGUAAAUUAAUUUAAGUUUUAAAAAAUAUGUAAUUAUUAUUAUAGAUAUCUAGAUCUAGAUACAAGUUACAAGUCUAUGUUUAAUUUAAAUUUUGUGGAAGCAUGCUUCAUAAUUUUUCAUGCCUCAUGUUAACCUAGUAAGGAUAUUGAUAUAAACUACUACUUAGAAAGAGGUCUGUACACAGAAUGAAUAUCAAACAUGAGUUUAAUGCAACUAAUGAUCAAGAAAUUCAAGCAAAACUUCUUGAAGCUGAUGAUAAUUUAACAAAAGAAAACAUUAUAAACAUGGCAGCAUCAUACCUUAAACCUAAAUUAUGUGAAGCCUUAAAUCUCUAUGGUGCCCUUGCUGCAACUAACAAUCUUGGCCAAAGAAAACCUAACUCUCACAAAACACAUGCCAAUGAUGGAAGUAACAUUUGUGGCUGGUUUGUUAACCCAAAAGUCACGUUUAGAAAAACUGAAAGUGCUCCAGCAGGGAGAUUAAAAGGAAAUUCACGAGCUUGUGAUAAAGAUUAUUUACCUGAGGCUUACAAGCACUCACAGAAUGAUUUUGUUUUUCAUCACUAUUCUGAUUCUAAACGUUACAUUGAACAGUAUCGAAGGGAGAAUUCAUGUGUCUCCAAUGGAUCAGCUGUUAAAAAUAAACUUUUAGAACAGCGGAGCUGCAGUGAAAGUGACACUUUAAUUGCCCCGACAAACUCCCCACUGUGCGCUCAACAAUUUUCAUCUCUUCAAUCUGUACAGCUGUUUGACAAUUAUUUUCAAAAUAGAGAACAUACGACACUUCUUGAGCAGCGAUCAUCACAGCCACAUUUCAUUACAAAAAGAGAUAACCAAAGACAGAUCAUCAGUGCUAAUUUGUUCAAAAACUUGCAGAAACAUUUCAAGUUCCCUAGUCAUUUAUCACAAGUGGAAACGCCAGUGUUGUUGUCAUCUGGUGAAAAAGACAGUAUUAGAGACAAAUUAAAAAUGUGCAGCUCUGAGCUUGAUGAUUCUCUAGUUCCUGCUAUUAACAUUGUUUCACUUAAUAAAAAUAUAGAUACCAAAGUCAGUUUACAGACUCUUCCAACAACUAGUGAAAUAUCUCUUCAUAAUUUAAAAACAAAGUCUGCAAGCCUGAGAUGUCCAAAGGACACUUUUGUCACAUACCAGUUCUUAGGCCAUAAAAUUGGCAGUCAAUCAGCUAAUCAAUUGAGAACCAUUGAAUCUGGUGUUGCUGGAAAUGAAAAGCAGUCUUCUUUGGCCAGAGAUGACAGCACUGACAGCUUAAAGUCAGUACCAAAGCAUGUGUCAGUCAGUAGCACUCCUGAAUCCUCUAAGCUUUCUGAAGAGGGUGAUUGCAGAAUAGUUCUAGCUCCUGAUGUUAACAAUUUAGUGAGGAAUGGGAAAGUAGAUCAAGACAGAAAUGGCUUAAACAGUCGUAGUGGCCAAUCACUCUCUAAGCAAAAAUAUCACCAUGACUUUGAUAUUAUUUUAACACCAAAUGUGGACUCAAAGUUAGAUUAUGGCUAUACAAUAUCCCUUAAUGAUUUUGUAGCUGACAGUUCUCCAUUGCUGAAAGCUCAGUCAUUCAAGUUAGACAUUUCAUCAAGCUUGAAUAAAAAUGUAAAACAGAAGUUUUCAAGUGUCUCUACUAAGAAGAGAAUAGCAAAGAGCAAACCUUUAGGCUCUGGCUAUAGAAAGUCUGUAACAGACUCCUGGAGUUCUACUGAUUCUAAGCAAAGCCCUUGGGAACAAAAACAGACAUCAGAUUUCCCAAAUAUUUUUGAUAGUAAAGUAGGCAAAGACAUGAACAAUGAAUUGAGAGGGAACUCUGCACCUUAUUUUAAAUUUUGGAGUUCAAGUAUGCCUCCGAAAUCUUGCAAGAUGCGAAGAAACAUAUCGCAUGAACAGACUCUGCAACAGCUGACAGAGUGGAUGCUGGCAGACCAAGAGGCCUCUAGCAAUGACCUUGAACUUGCAAAGAGAGCCAGAAAGGCUCUAGAAGAAGAACAGCAGCAGUCAGCAACAUCAACAUUCACAUCUGGGAUGUGGUAUGAUCCUAAUGGCCGAGUUUAUAUGAGCUUAGCAACUCGUUAUGAAAACAUUUCCAAGUAAAAGAAGGCCAGAUAUCAGAUUUUGAUGAUCAAAGAAAGACCAAAGGCCAUCAAGUAAGUCUGUCAGGUUCCGCCAAUAGGAUUGCUCAACUCUGACAUAACCAUACAGACAAGUGCAAUGAUGGGCCAACUAAAGACUUUUUCUGACUUGAAAAAAAAAUAUCUAUGCUUAACUGCUUUUGUGAAAUUUUAUGGGUGGUGCCUAGUCAAAAUAUUGAUGCUUAAGUGUGGGCAAUGUAGUCGCCUUAACUAUUUUAUUUUGUAGUUUAGCUUCAUUAAAUAAAAAAUAUAUAUUACUCGGCCACACAAGAAAGACAUAGGUGGCCAACUUGAUUCCAUGAAAGGAACAUCACCAAUGACUUGAUUCUGCAAAAAUAAUAAUGGUUAUUGAAUUGAUUCUAAUAUUAAGAUUUGGACAAUUUAAAAAAAAGCAAAUUUUGUUUCUUGGAUGCUAAAUAUCUUGUCUAGACAUAGUAUUGAAUAAAAGAUAUUUUGGAUUGGUAAGUGUAGAUAUGAAACAUUCCUGUCAUUAGGUAACCAUUUUAAAAGCAACAAAAUGACCUUGUUCCAGAUAAACAUCUUUAAAUUAAAGGAAUAUUCAGAACUGUAAUGCCUUCAGAAGAUAUCUAUAGCAUCAAUUAUACUAAUUUUUGUACUGAUGCUAAAAUGUAAUUGGCUGUAAAUUGUUUUCCUGAAAAUUAUGGUAGUAGUUUUAGAAUUGACUCCACUGGAGUAAACAAGCUUGUCCACAAUGUAAUUGUCAUUGAACGUCCUGUCUUCCUUCACAGUAAUCAAAAGAAAUGCAUUUGUGCCUUGAAUAAACAUUUUGAAACAAAUGGUCAGUGUUCAACUUUUUAUGACAAUCAUCUAUUACAAAAACCUUUUGGCAUUGCUUCUUAUUGUGAUGAAUCUUUUGCAAAAGGUCAAAUUAAUGACUUAUGUGCCAAGUGACUUUGCUUGGAUACAAACUCUCAUUUCUUAGCCAAAAAUUCAUUUACUUGAGUGUAUGUGUACAAAAUAUUUUGGACCCUUAUUUCACAUGAUUUUAUAUUUAAUCUUCACUGUAAUGCUUUAAAAUAAUAGGGCCAAAUUUAUUAACAAUCGUUUUUUUUUUUUUUUUUAACAAAAACAAUUUUUUUUUUGGCUUAGGUAUUUUGGUUAAGUUUGAACAUUUUUUGUUGAUUUCUGUAAGAAUAAUUAAAAUGUUGGUGCAGCAUAUGACAGCAUGAGUAAAUUGUCUCAUUACUCGCUCUAAGCCAUUCAAUUUCUUGCUGGUAUGCAGGGCUGAUGUAAAAAUGAAAACAUCCCAAAGUAAGAGAGCUUAUACAAGUGAAACAAGGAUUUUAAUCAAAAAGAAAUAUCUUUACAUCUUAUCUUCCUAUAUCAACAUUUCAUUCACAGAUUAUCAUAAGGUCAACACAGUAUCCAAAUAAAAUUUUAACAUGAAUUACAUUAGACAACAAAACAAAAUUUUACACAUGGACAUAGGACAGGAAUUUUUAAACAAAAAAAAAAAAAAAAAAAAGACUGGUAAUGGUGACCUUGGCCAACAAGUUACACCAACAGUCAACAAGUCCUGUAAAACACAGGCAACAUGUGUUACACAUUUCAGUCAAUGCAAGGCCAUUAAUACAUCAUGUGUUUGUGUUUAGCCUUUUUCAACAAUGUAAAUGAACUGAUUUUUUGUAUCAUUAUAUAUUAAUGUAGGGUCAAAACAAAGUCUAAAACUACAGCAAGGUGUAACAACUUUGUCAUAGCUUCCUUGGAUAAUUCUUAUAAGAUAAUCAAGGGCAAAAAAAAAUAAA